AUGGCCGCAAACACUGAACAGCUAGACAGGCGGGCCAAGGCGAUCGAGCAAGAACUCUACAAGCGCAGCGAUGGCCAGGCAUCGUACCGGGCUGCCUGCGAGAGCCUGACCUUUGCCAAUUUCGAGUAUGCCUCGGCCAACGAUGUCGAGCAGAAGCUCUGGGCGGCGCACCUGAAGGUCAACACCAUCUUCAGGCAGGAGCAUAAGAUUCUCAAGCGCUCCCAGGACCAUGUCGUGGAAAUUAGGAAAUUCCAGAAGAACUACCUCCACUUCAUCAAGGCAAGUCAGCGCUACUACCGCCAGUACAUUCUGAACCUCGAUGCCCACUUCGACGGCAUCCCAGAGCUGCGCAAGAUUGCCCAGAAGUGGAAGGAUGAUGGUGCGUGGACCCUCGGUACCGACUAUGCCGCUGCUCACACGACCCCAGCUUCCAAGACGUCCCCGCGCCCGCCCAUAGCCGCGUCUCUCAGGAACAACGUCUUCCAGUGCUGCCACCAGACGCUGAUCCACCUCGGGGACCUCUCCCGCUACCGCGAAACCGAGCUUGUCGACAAGGACAAGGAGCGCAACUGGGGCCCUGCCAAAGGCUACUACGACCUCGCCGCCGAAAUAUACCCAGACUCUGGCCACGCACACAACCAGCUUGCCGUCGUCUCGCGCGAGGACGGCGACCACUUCCGCUCUGUGUACCACCUCUACCGCUCGCUCGCAUGCAAGCUGCCGUACCCGCAGGCCAAGUCGAACUUGGAGACCGAGUUCAGGCGCAUCAUUGCAGCCUGGGACAAGGGUCAGCUGAUCAGCAACCACAAAUCUGCCGACGGCAACACAGGUCGCGCCCUUGUCGCUUGGUUCGUCAGACUGCACAGCAAGAUCUACAAGGGCGAGGAGUUUGCUGCACACGAUGAGUUGGAGGGCGAGGUGCUCAGUCAGCUCGCCAUCGAGCUCAAGGAGCGUCCCUUGGAUUCCAUCCUACCCAAGAUCGUACUCAUCAACCUCGCAGCUGAGUACUUCGCGACCGUCCAGAUGCAGGCCGCCAACCCGCCCGAGCAUAUCAUGCGCACCUAUUUCUACUUCCUCCGACUGAACGUCAAAACCUUCUUCAUCCUCCUACAAGUACUGCAGCCCGAGCUCGAGCGGCUCUCCGAAGCAGACGAUGUUACCCACCAGAACGGCGACAGUGCACGACAGCUGUCCGAUAAGAUCACCGCCGUUGCCCGCCGCAUCCUCCCUGGGCUUCGCCUCUACAGCACUUGGUUCGCACGCUACUGGCAGGUGCUGAACGCUAACAUCGCUGACACCUUGACCACUGUCGACGUGCAAGAGCUGUGGAAGGCGUACGCUGCGACUCUGACGCUUCUGACCUCGAGCUUCCCGGUCGAUCAACUGCCGCGAGAGAACUACAUGCUGGAGGAGGAUACCGACACCAUUGGCUUCCAGCCGUUGAUGUCACCGGACACCAUGAAGGUCUGGUACAACGGCGAGGCGCUGAAGCCCAAGUGGACAGAGGUUGAGAGGAACCACCCUAACGUGGAGAUGCUCAUGCGCAUCAAGGACCUGUUGAUCGACGGUCUGCUUCUGACCCAGAACGCAGAUGCGCCCUUGGACCUGGCCGGCACACGCUUCAUCUACCGCGAGGAAGGCCUGCCAUCCGAGCUGCUCGCAAGCCCCAACCCGCGCCCAGAUGGUUCACCCGUGCUUUCGCCGCGCGCUGUGGACAUGCCACUGUUCCCUUCUACAGCGCCCAUUUCUGACGACCAGACGUCGUUUGGCGUUGCUGCGGCGUCUGAGUCUGCUUCAACCACCGUCGCCAAGGACACGGCGAUGCGCUCUAUGGUCGAUGAUCUGGUCGGCGCUGAUGACGGUUUGGACCCCCUGCCCGAGGAAGACGAGAACAUGCCGCCAACACCGCCUGAACAGACUUUCGAGGACACCGCGGUGGUCAACGAUAACACCUAUGCCCCGGCGCCGUUCUCCAUUAGCGACUUGGUGAACUCGGUCAAGAACUACAAGCCUUUGUCUCCGGCUCCAGGCGCCGCUAUGCUUUCGGCGUCUAUGCAGAGGACCGGCUCCACUUCGUCCAUCCGCGGGCCUGCGCACCUACCCUCUCUUCCCGAUGGACAGUGGAAUCAGAACUCGAUUUGGGCUACUGGAAUGCACGGCUCGCCAAACCCCUCUUCGCCAGCGAUGAUGAAUGGGAACGGGUUCGACGCUCGACGGACCCCAAUGAUCGGUAUCGGCUCUUCCGGCAUGUCCGGCCACGUUCGCGGUGAAUCUGCCAACUCGCAUUUGAGCACCGAUGCUACGACGCCGACUACCGUCAGGGCUUCUCGGCCUAUUAGUGGUGGACUCGGAAGUGGCGCUGCUUGGGGAAACCCGAACGCCAGCAGCGGUACGUGGGGAUCAUUCUCUGGCAGCAGCUACAACGGCUUUCAGAACGGCUAUGCUCACGAUGUGCGUAUGGCCAGCCCGCUGAUGUUCAGCUCCUACCAGGACAAGGCCCAGAGCUCCUGGGGCCGCAAUCCACCCAACGGCCAGGGCGGUUGA